AUGGUGGUGUUUCAACUUGACGAGCUGGAGGUGUUUUUCCCAUAUGAUUACAUUUACCCGGAGCAGUAUGCAUAUAUGAGAUAUUUGAAGAAGACGCUUGACAGCGAAGGACACUGUGUGUUGGAGAUGCCAACCGGAACGGGGAAGACAGUUGCAAUAUUUUCUCUCAUAACUUCCUAUCAGUAUAGUAAGAAUGAUGAAGGGAAAUUUAUUUUCUGCACACGUACUGUUGCUGAGAUGGAAAAAUCUCUUAUCGAAUUAAAGAAGGUAAUUCAGUACAGAGUAGACAUUUUGGAAAGUCGCAACGAGGGAGAAAGUGGCAAAAAGAAAGAAGAGAAGACGACCCAAGGUGAGACCCAGUUUUUCAGACGUAAUCAGAGUGACAUGGAAUCUGUUCCAAGGAGUGGAGAAAUAUUGGCUAUUGGAAUCAGCGCAAGGAGAUGCAUGUGCAUUAACGAAAAGGUGUCGAGAAGACACGAAAGAGAAAAAAUCGAUGAGGAGUGUCGUAAAUUAACAGCAACGUUUGUUAGAGAAAAAAAAUAUAUUAAUCAUAAAAUAAACAAAAUGGGGAAUAAGAAUUCAGAAAGGAUUUCUGAAUUCAUUAUAAAAAAUAGACAACACAUAGAUAUGGAAGAUUAUUUUGACAUAUAUAAUUCUAAUAACACUCUUGAGGAAUAUGAUGAUAUAGGAUUAUGUGGUUACUUUGAAAAUUUUAAAAAAGAAUUUUCGUUUGAUUUGGUGCAGCCUGGGGUAUAUACUAUUGAAGAUUUAAAGGUUCUAUGUAAGAAUUUUAAGAAUAUGCAAAAUGUGAAUACACCUAUAUGUCCAUAUUUUUGUGCAAAGAAAAUUAUUGAAGUGUCCAAGGUGGUCGUGCUGAACUAUCAAUAUGUUAUCGAUCCUAAAGUGUCGAAAUCUCUUUUCAUUGGAAAGGAUGUAAACAAUAGAGUUAACUUUCAGAAAAACGACAUUAUUGUUUUUGAUGAGGCACACAAUAUUGAUAGUGUUUGUUUAGAAGCCCUAAGUGUGAACAUCGAUCGGAAUGUUCUUAACAAGGCCACUGUGAAUAUUAAGAAGUUGCUGAAAAAAAUCGAGGAUUCUAAAAUUGUCAAUGAGGAGAAACUGAAGGAGGAGUGUAGUCGCAUACUCGAGAAGAUGAAGGCCCAAAGGGGGGUAGAAGCGGGGGUAGAAGCGGGGGUAGAAGCGGGGGUAGAAACUGGGUCAGGAGCUGGGUCAGGCACCGGGUUAGGCACCGGGUCAGGAGCCGGGUUAGGGUAUUUAAAAAAUCCCCCCUUCUCAGAUGUAAAAGACGGUUCGCGCGAAGUUGAUCGAAAAGGAGAGGCUCCCAAGAAGAGGAAGCUAGACGAUGGAAAUUCAGAAGUAUACUUUGAUGAGGACAUGAACUUGGUUUUUUCAAAGGAAAGAAAUAAUCAGAAAGGAGAGCACAAGGCUGUUUAUGAGAAUGACGAUGGUGAGAAAGAUGAAAAUAAUUUGGACGCAACAAGGGUGGAUGAUUGUGGUCGUGGUCAGAAGCAGAACCACAUCUACAAAGAGGGAAGAGGAACGGAUCUCAUCGAGGGACUAGCCAAAUUGUUAGGGAAGUCGAAUGGACCCCCCUUCCCUGGGUUUGUGGGAAGUGAAAAUGGAAUAAUUAAUCCUAUUUUUGAGAAAGAUAAACAAAAUGAAGGAAAUAGUGAUGAUCCAACAGAUUUGCAUUACAGCCCAUUGUUAAUGGAAGAUAUCAUAAAAAAUGUAGUAAUCCCAGGGAAUAUAAGAAAAUCAGAACAUUUCCUAAACUUGAUGAGAAUAGUAGUAAUAUAUUUAAAGAAGUACGUAAAUACAUAUGAGAUAACGUCAGAAGGUCCGCUUUCAUUUUUAUAUAAGUGUGAAAAAGAAACAAAAUUAGAUACAUCUUUUUUUAAGUUUUGUUUUGAUCGUCUAAAAUCAUUAUUGAACGCAUUGCAAAUUGUAAAUGUAGAUGAUUAUUCAGCAUUAAAUAUAGUAUGUAAUUUUUGUACCUUGCUUGGGAAUUAUUUUAACGGGUUCAUAAUUAUAUGUGAACCAUAUCCAGAAGCAACAGGUAUAUAUGAUCCCGUGAUUCAGUUUGCUUGUUUAGAUUCGUCCAUAGCUAUGAAAUCGGUUAUCAAUAAAUACAGAUCUGUGGUUUUGACAAGUGGUACUAUAACACCAUUAGAAUUGUAUCCAAAGUUGUUAAAUUUCAAAACAGUUUUAACUGCAUCUUUUCCAAUGUCUUUUGAUAGGAAUUGUGUAUGUCCAUUAAUUGUAACGAAGAGUUCUGAUCUUGUACCUUUAUCAUCUCAGUUUUCUUUAAGAAGUGAUAUAACAGUUAUAAAGAAUUAUGGCAUGUUGUUGGUGGAGAUGUGUAAAAAUAUCCCAGAUGGAAUUGUAGCUUAUUUUCCAUCAUACAUUUAUAUGGAAGAAGUAAUAUCUUCAUGGUAUGAACUUGGAAUAAUAUCUAAUAUUCUAGAUUAUAAAUUAAUUUUCAUAGAAACAAAAGAUAUAGUUUCUACUACUAUAGCUUUGCAUAAUUUUAAAAAAGCAUGUGACUUAGGAAAAGGUGCAGUAUUCCUCUCUAUCUGUAGAGGAAAAAUUGCUGAAGGUAUCGACUUUGAUAAACAUUAUGGGAAAUGUGUCAUUCUAUUCGGUAUUCCUUAUCAGUAUACUCUAUCUAGGAUAUUGAAAUCUAGAUUAGAUUUUUUAAAAGAAACGUAUAAUAUCCAAGAAAAUGAAUUUUUAACAUUUGAUGCCAUGCGACAAGCUUCUCAAUGUGUAGGUAGAAUUAUUCGAAAUAAGAAGGAUUAUGGUAUUAUGAUUUUUGCAGAUAUUCGCUAUGCAAAAAAUGAUAAAAAAAGUAAGUUACCACCAUGGAUAAUCAAGUGUAUGGAUACUUCCAAUGUCAAUCUAACUGUCACUACUGCUGUAAACAUAUCUCGUAAGUUCCUUCUCAAUAUGUCUCAGGAGUAUAAGGAGACUGAUCAAACCAAGCUUUCUCAAGACCUCAUACGGAACCAGGUUCAGUGCUGGGGAUUGGUGAAAUCUGUGCUUAACAUGGACGAUUUUAUUUGA